UAAAAUAGCUCAACUCUCGCAUAGAAUUUGUCAUUCGGCGACAAUUUCUAAGCACCCAAAGACGUUAAAGACGUCUCGUGCCUUUGCCCAAGUCAAAGUAACAAGAAUAAUUUAAUUCAGUUCCCUAACAGUCCUUGACUAACAAAAGUGCGCGCGCUUAAAAUUAUAUAAAGUAAAGUAAAUUCAAGUACACAAUACAAAAUACAUAUACAAAAUGCCAUUCGCAAGUGAACAAAUGCAAUCGGUGGUUAGCCAGCAAUUGUCCAAAUCGGAAACCAUUAAGCUGCGCAACAAACAUAUUGGACAAGCCUGCCAACUCUUUUAUCGGUCUGAUCCAUUGAAAAUUGUCCGCGGACAGGGUCAGUACAUGUUUGAUGAAGAGGGCACACGCUAUCUGGACUGCAUUAAUAAUGUCGCGCAUGUGGGUCAUUGCCAUCCGGAGGUGGUGCGUGCUGGUGCCUUGCAGAUGGCCACCAUCUCGACGAACAAUCGCUUUCUCCACGAUGAGCUGGUGCAGUGUGCCAAGACAUUGACCAGCAAGAUGCCAUCACCGUUGUCCGUUUGUUUCUUUGUCAACUCUGGAUCGGAGGCCAAUGAUAUGGCCUUGCGCCUCGCACGCAACUAUACCAAGUGUCAGGAUGUAAUCACGCUGGACCAUGCAUACCAUGGACACUUGCAGUCCGUCAUGGAGAUCUCGCCGUAUAAGUUCAAUCAGCCCGGCGGCGAGAAGAAGCCGGAUUAUGUGCACGUGGCACCUUGUCCAGAUAUCUAUGGUGGCCAGUUCACGGAUAAGAUGUAUCCAAAUGCGGAUUUGGGGGCACUUUAUGCCCAGCCCAUUGCGGACAUCUGCGAGCGUCAGCAGGCCAAUGGACAGGGCGUGGCCGCCUUCAUUGCUGAGAGCCUGCAGAGUUGUGGUGGACAGAUUCUGCCACCAGCCGGCUACUUCCAGAGAGUAUAUGAUGCCGUGCACAAUGCUGGUGGUUUGUGCAUUGCCGAUGAGGUGCAGGUGGGAUUCGGUCGUGUGGGCAGCCACUAUUGGGCAUUCGAGACGCAGGGUGUUGUCCCGGACAUUGUGUGCGUGGCCAAGCCCAUGGGCAAUGGUCAUCCAGUUGGCGCAGUGGUCACAACACAAGAGAUUGCCCAGGCAUUCCAUGCAACAGGCGUGGCCUAUUUCAAUACGUAUGGCGGCAAUCCCGUGUCCUGUGCCAUUGCCAAUGCCGUGAUGCGCAUCAUCGACCAGGAGGGACUCCAGCAGAAUGCCCAUCAACUGGGUGAUUAUCUGUUGCGUGAGUGCAGCCAACUGAAGCAGGAGUUCGAUUGCAUUGGCGAUGUCCGUGGCCUGGGCUUGUUUGUGGGCAUUGAGCUGGUGAGCGAUCGGGAUGCACGGAUUCCGGACACCAAGGCCGCCCACUGGGUGGUCAAUCGGAUGAAGCAACUGCACAAGGUGCUCGUCUCCAGCGAUGGACCCAACAACAAUGUCAUCAAGCUAAAGCCACCCAUGUGCUUCAACCAUGAGAAUGCCGAUGAGUUUCUGCUCGCAUUCCGCGAAUGCCUCACCACCCUCACCCAGGAUCAAUUGCAGUCACGUGCCGCCGAAGCGUCAACUGCUGCACUUACCACAAAUGGCGUCAUUGCCACCGCGGCAGAUACCUUGGCGAACAAGACGAAAAUGUUCGAGAGGCAGGAUCGUCUGAUUAAGUCCGUUUGAGUGCGGCAUUCAUCAUCCACUUCCGUAUCCUAGUUACCACACAAACACCAACACAAGCACACACAAAGAUAUUUAUAUUUACCCAUGUAAAAUGUUAAUUUUUUUUUCUAGACUUAGUCCUAAUUUUAGCAACAUCUAUAUAUAACAUAUAUUUUUUUUAGUUCUACCAGCUUCUAGUAUCUAGAAAUGUAGGCACAAAUUUAUAUACAUACAUUGCAUGAUAAUUAUUAUUAUUAAUAUAAAAUA